AAGGAAUCCUAUCUCUUGGACUUCCCAAGGUAAUAAGAUUUGAUAUUUUGAGGAGAGAGGCUGGGUAUAAUGAAGCAGUAGUUGCAUCAAACUUUUUUGCCCUUUCAGCUUGACUCCAUUUCAGAGAACUUCAACCUUGAUUCGAAUCAAGUACCGGCAAUAAUAACUCAAUUAAUUAAUUCUUCAAUGUAGCAACUCUUCUAGAAUAUUGCUGUUGCUACCAUAAGUAAUUCUUUUCUAGAUGGUUAAACUAUUUAUGUCAAUGGGAAGCUACAAGGUGGCAUCAGAAUUGAUUUGAUCUGGAAUUUUCCGAACUCACUUUCCGUUCGCACCUCGUAAAUGAAAUAAAAAUCUUUAUCUCGUUAUAUGAAGACUAAGCGAAGAUAUUCAGGGGUCAAUACUGAACAGGAAUUACUUUUUAGUAGUGCUGAUCGUAACACAUUUCUCCGGCUCUAAAUAUGUCAUGGAGCCUCAUCAGAUAUUUUAUUUUGGUGCGGUGUUGGUGGUUUUUCUUUUAGGAAUCAGUGAUGGACAAAGUUUCGUGGAAAGCAAGCAGAACACAAUUCAAAAAAACGUCGAAAAGCCAAGGACUUUAUAUGAUUUUCAAACAAGAGUAGUCGCCUAUAAGGAUCUAAUAGAAUCCAAAUGCCUACUACAAAUUUUGUCCAAUGAAGACAGUAUUAUUGACCAAAGAUUGUCCAGUAACCUGAAACCAGUAUCAAAAUCAAGCCAACUUUCAAAAAGACAAAUAUGGAGACUAGCUGGAACAAGGAUCUCCGACUUUUGUCGAGGUUUUCCAACUUAUCUCAUCCAAAACGCGAACUUAUCCGAUACAGAAAACGGACAGGAUUUGUCGGAUAUCCAAAACGACUUACCCAUGGUGAGGAUAUCGAAAAGUCGCAGGAAGAGGGAAAAUAGGCACUUUUUCGUUGGCAGAGUGAGAGGUCAGACCCAAUCGCAAUACUUGAGUUUCGCUAAUGGAGGACAACCAGGAAAAGCCGAGGCUGAGAGUAGUAUCGAGGGAACUAAGGCUGUUGUUAGUGGUUCAAGUGGGAUGGGUCAAGCCCAAAGUCAAAGUUCCUCCAUUGACUGUGACGAAUGUCUAGGGUCCAGAUUUCAAGAUCAAAGUUUAUAUUACGGCCAACGACCUGGCGAACCAGAACCUCAAAAAAUAACUAAACCUGGAUAUCCUGGAGGGCAAUGGUAUCCGCCUGGAGCUGGAACAAGACCAGGAGAAGGCGGUGCAGGUUAUCCUCCAGGAGAAGGCGGUGCAGGUUAUCCCUCCGGAGCUAGACCAGGAGAAAGUGGUGCAGGAUAUCCUCCAGGAGCUAGACCAGGAGAAGGUGGUGCAGGAUAUCCUCCAGGAGCUAGACCAGGAGAAGUUGGUGCAGAAUAUCCACCUGGUACAAGACCGGGAGAAGGUGGUGCAGGUUAUCCACCAAGUACGAGACCAGGAGAAGGUGGAGCAGGUUAUCCUGGAGGAGCAAGACCAGGAGAAGGAUAUCCGCCAGGUGCAAGACCAGGAGAACGUUAUCCGCCAGGAACGAUACCAGGAGAACGUUAUCCGCCAGGAACGAUAUCAGGAGAAAGUGCAGCUAGUUAUCCUCCAGGACCAAGACCAGGAGAAGGCGGUGCAGGAUAUCCUCCGGGAGUUGGACCAGGAGAAGGUGGUGCAGGAUAUCCCCCAGGAACUAGACCAGGAGAAGGUGGAGCUGGUUAUCCAUCUGGUACAAGACCAGGAGAAGAUGGAGCCGGUUAUCCACCUGGUACAAGACCAGGAGAAGGCGGUGCUGGAUAUCCGCCAGGAACAAGACCAGGAGAAGGUGGAACAGGUUAUCCACCAGGAACAAGGCCCGGAGAAGGUGGAGCAGGUUAUCCACCUGGUACAAGACCAGGAGAAGGUGGUGCUGGAUAUCCACCAGGAACAAGGCCAGGAGAAGGUGGAGCAGGUUAUCCACCAGGAACAAGGCCAGGAGAAGGUGGAGCAGGUUAUCCACCUGGCACAAGACCAGGAGAAAGUGGAGCAGGUCAUCCACCACUAGCAAGACCAGGAGAAGGCGGAGUCGAACAUCCUCCAGGCUCAAGACCAGGAGGAAGUGAUGCAGGUUAUCCACCAGGAACAAGGCCUGGAGAAGGUGGAGCAGGUUAUCCACCAGGAACAAGGCCAGGAGAAGGUGGAGCAGGUUAUCCACCAGGAACAAGACCAGGAGAAAGUGCAGCUAGUUACCCUCCAGGACCAAGACCAGGAGAAGGCACAGCAGGUUAUCCACCGGGAACUAGACCAGGAGAAAGUGGAGCAGGAUAUCCUCCAGGCUCAAGACCUCAAGAAGGCGGUGCUGGUUAUCCACCGGGAUAUCCUCCAGGCCCGAGACCGGGAGGAGAAAGUGGUGCAAGUUAUCCGUCAGAAACAAGACCAGGACAAAUUGGUUCGGGGUAUCCUCCAGCAACAAGACCAGGAGAAGGUGGUGCAGGAUAUCCACCAGGAACUAGACCAGGAGAAACUGGAGCAGGAUAUCCGCCAGGCUCGAGACCAGGAGAAGGUGGUGCAGGUUACCCAUCUAGUGCCUGGCAACCAGGGGCACUAAGACCUGGUGAGAGGGGAACUGGUUAUCCUUCUACCGCAGGAACACCAGGAACGGGAACAUUCGGAGGACAACUGGCAGGUCAAUAUGAGAGUCACGCGGGACAGUCUGGCCGAUUUUCAGGGACGUUUCAGGGAACUUAUGCUCAUGGGGGAAUCGGAGCGGGUCCUGGAGUUGUAGGCCCUUCUGGACAACCUAGCCAAGGUCAGUGGGUUGAUGGCAAAUGGGUUCCUUCAACUCAAACUGUCUCUGGAAGGCCUAGUGAAGGUGGCCAGUGGAUUGAUGGAAAAUGGUACCCCUCAGCUGCUGGACCAGUUGCAGGACGACCUGUUGAAGGAGGUCAGUGGAUUGAAGGUAAAUGGUAUCCCUCCACUCCUGGGACAAUUGCGGAAAGGCCUAGUGAAGGUGGUCAGUGGAUUGAUGGCAAAUGGGUUCCUUCACCGUCCGGCCCAGUUAUAGGAAGACCUGGCGAAGCUGGCCAAUGGAUCGAUGGAAAAUGGUAUCCUCCAACUACUGGGACGAUUACGGGCAGACCUAGUGAAGGAACAGGCCAAUGGGUUAACGGGAAAUGGGUGCCUUCGAUUGGCGGAGGUGGUGAAGGUGGUCCUGGAUAUCCAUCAAGUACUGCAGGAACAGGUGCCGGGCAAUGGAUUAAUGGUCAAUGGGUUCCAUCUGGUAGCGGCGGUCCAGCUAGGCCGCCAAGUCCAUAUGGACCCAGUUACCAGCCAUCAGGCGCACCUGAAACUUAUCCGAGUCCAGAUUAUUCAGGAAGGGUUCCCAGCGGAGUUGUACCGCCUGGAAAAAUUACAGAAGGAGGACCAGGAGCUGGCCAAUGGAUUAACGGAAAAUGGGUACCUGCAGAAGCAGGAGGCCCUAGCCAAGGCCCAGGUCAAUGGAUUAGUUCUGGAGGUCCUGGACAAGGUGCAGGGCAGUGGAUUAAUGGGAAGUGGGUACCGUCUGGAACUGCAGAAGGAGUUACGGGUGCUGGAGGUGGUCAAUGGAUUGAUGGGAAAUGGGUUCCUUCAGGAGGUCCAACUCAAGGCCAAGCUGCAGGACAAUGGAUUAAUGGACAGUGGGUACCAUCUGGAACUACGCAAGGAGCUCCGAGACCUGGAGGUCCUGAUCAAGGUGCAGGUCAAUGGAUUGAUGGAAAAUGGGUUCCUUUAGGAGGUCCUAGUCAGGGUCAAGGUGCAGGACAAUGGAUUAAUGGACAAUGGGUGCCAUCAAGUACCGCAGGACCUGGAGGUCCUGGUCAAGGCGCAGGACAAUGGAUCGACGGAAAAUGGGUGCCCCAGUCUGGAACCGCAGGAGGAGGCGCAGGUGCCGGACAAUGGAUCGAUGGAAAAUGGGUUCCUGCAGGAGGACCUAGUCAAGGUGCGGGACAAUGGGUCAAUGGAAAAUGGGUUCCAUCUGGAACUGCAGAUGGCGGACCCGGCCAAGGUGCGGGACAGUGGGUUGAUGGAAAAUGGGUACCAUCUGGAGCUGGAGUCCUUGGUCAAGGUGCAGGACAAUGGAUUGAUGGCAAGUGGGUUCCUUCAGGAGGUCAAGGUGCUGGACAAUGGGUGGACGGAAGAUGGGUUCCUGCAGGAGCCGAAGCACUUACAGCCGACGAUGCGGACUCUCAAGUACAAACCUCAGUUCAAGAAGCGAAUAACGAAACUAAAGCCAGUGCCCAAGCUCAAGGCAAAUUCCAAGGCGGCACUGCCCAAUCGCAAGUUUCAGGAACGUACUCGGGUACGGGUUCUUUCAGUGCUUCGGCUGGUUCGGAUGAUGGCAAAAGGGGCGCGUUAACGCAAGUUUCCGGAGGCAAAGCUGGAGCACAAAGCAGUGCUCAAGGUAGAGGCGGAGCGGGACAGUCUCAAGCGCAGGUCACUCUAGAUUCUGCUAGUGGAGACACGUUAUCGUCAGCACAAACUUCAGGACUGCAACAUGGCACUCAAACGCAAGUACGUGCCAGCGAAAAAGGAGGCCUGGCAGAUGCUCAAGCUAAUGGAUCAGGGGCAACGUCAUCUCAAGCUCAAAUAGGUUUUACUCCUUACGAUGAAAAUGAGAAAGAUAAUCAAACGUCGCCGUUCAGGGGAGGAGGUACCGCUGCAGCACAAAGUGGUUCUCAUGCAGGCAUGACCCAAACGCAAAUUCAAGGAAAGUUUAGAUACGGAAUCAGGUAUCAAGGAGCGGCACAAGCGGGAUCUGGUUCAACGGCGAUUAGAAAUUUGACAGAGCCUUCAGGAUUUUUCAAACCCAUCAACUUUACAGCUUCAAAAGUUGAACACAACAACAGACAAAGUCAACAGGUGUCGGUAAACGCUCCCACAACAGCUGUACCAGAAGAAUAUAGUACACCUUCGGAGACUUUGUUAGGUGUGGAAACCAAUAGAGAGGUACACAAACUGGACCCAGUAGCUCAACCUCAAGAAGAUCCUGUUGUGGUUUCAUCUCCUUCAGCAAGUGAUGCACCGAAUGGAGAUUACGACGACCAAGAAUAUGAAGACUACGAUGAAGAAGCUGAAGCGGAACAAGAACCUGAACCGCUACAAUCCAUGAACACUCCUGCAAAAAGAAAUUUGGAAUCGCCUAUAAAGAAAUCAGAAGUAUAUCAUCAACGGAAACCCGCGAGUGUAGUGAGUCAAACCUCCAACACGCAGAAGCAACAUAUUAUUUUGGAUCCUCUAGAAAAUUUGGAUGCUACGGUGCAUCAGAGCGAAGGUGAUUUUCCUGUUGAUGGUAUGGUAUUGCAGCCUGGACAAAUUAUACCAGGAUCAUCAGGUUAUCAAAUCCCAGCUGGUUUUAGAGGAAAAGUCCAAUCCAUAGCUAACGGACCAAACACAUACGCUGUAGGCAAAAAUUCUCAAGCUCAAAGUGUCACAUUGUCCCCAGGAAGUGGUAAAAUCUUCUACAACAACCCCAGCAAUCCUAUUUACGGAGUAGUCACCAAAACAUCUUACAAAAACGGGCAUUACGGUUCUGGAUACUCAUACCAACCGAUUUAUCAUCCGGUAAAUUAUCGACUGAAAAGCGGCAAAGUAUUACCCAACUUUGUAUCUGUGAGCAAAUCAGAGGCAGGUUCCAGAAACUUGAAUACAGGCAAAAAGACACCGAGCGUCUAUUAUACGCAAAGCAGUUCUUGCGGAAUGUUCACGAACUCUUGUGUGUAUUCCAAUGGAAAGAAAAUGUGUUUUCCGGUUAGGAAAACGAAUCCCGAUGGCACGCCUAUGAGCUGUUGAAACCGAUACAGUACUAGAUUUUGACAAUUUUCUGUCAGUUAAUGCAAGAGAGCCACUAGAUGGCUGAAACAUUUUGGUAAUUCUUAAUGCUGUACACCAAAAAAAUUUAAUUAGAUGUUAAGGAUAAUGUAUUUUUAAGUAAUAGAUUCGUUUUUUUAGUACUGAGGUAUUUUUUUGUGGAUUAUCGCAUGGAUGUCUAGGUGGAUCUGGCAUAGAUAAAACGCGAUUUUGCAUUAGUGGUUCCAUUGGUUAGUCUGAUCUUGGUUUAGGCACGGAAUUCAGAUAACUCAUUCGCUAGAUGACAGGAUGACAUCAAAAGCUCGACUAGUAGGUACCUACUAUUGACACCAAGUGGUACUACACCUUAAUGCUGCCUCCGCCAAGGUGCCGGGAGUGUUGAAUUUUACCGGCACUUCCAUUGCAGUCAGCUGCAGUAUUUUCCAAAUAUACAGACUGUUUCGACAUUUUUAUUUUAUAAAAUGUUUUGGCUUGUGUAAAUUUUAAAUCAUGUAUAUGAAAUUUGGAUACCAGCCUUAAUAUUUUUCUGUUUUAGAAAUAAAUAGAAUUUCGUCGUUGAGCUUCGUUAUUGUGAACACUUGAGAGCUUCUUUUUAACUUUGUAAUACCUAAAUGUAAGUUUUUUGUCAGAAGAAAGAAAUUUUGUUUGCUUUUGCCAUUUCUUAGUAUUACCCCUAAUACCACAUAAUUCAAAUUUUCUAAUGAGUAAAUACCUGUUUAGACAGUCAUAGGCAGUGUUGCCAAAGCUACCCCGUUCGGGGUAGAUCUACCCCUUUUGAAAACAAUCUCGCCC